UCCAUCUACUACACUCCCUGUCGUGUGGCUAAUAUUAUAUUAUGCAGCCUUGUCCUGCAGCCAGGCCAGUGUGGAGCCACUGGGGCUGCUAACCAUCUCAGAAACAAAGCUCCCUCAGCAUAUCAAAGUUUUUCCUUCCAGAAAAGGUAACUGCAGCAAAAUUAGCUUACAUUUACUGAAGAAGAACUUUUUGUUGCUGAUGUGAAGAAGCAAGGGUAAGACUUGAUGAGAUGCUCGCACCGUGGGAAUGCUAAAGAGGGCGACCAUCGCACGGAGGCACCACAGUUGAGACGUGACAUCUUUACUUUUUCUUUACCACAUACAACUGGUAUAUAUUUUUUUUUCUUCAUUCACUCACACAAGAGCCGGAGCAAUAGCCGAGAGAGGUUUUCACUGAUUCUUGCUCAGAAGGGUUUGGGAAUAAAAGGUCAAAGUAAGCCACCAUGAAAUGGGAUAAGUUGAAACCACCAGAACCUGAUGAUCCAAUGUGUUGCUGCGAAUGUGACGUAUUCCAGUACGGAUGUUGCUGUGACUGUGACGAUCUGGACGAGGCCUUUAACAGAUGGCUGAGAGCCAAGGCACCAAAAAGUGGUAGUGGUUGUUAUUCAUUUCUACUGGAGGCCUUGAUUGACAACUUGGAGAUCUCCCUGGUUCCUGCACUGGUUCUGCUCCCUCUCCUGUUGCGUGUGGCGGCACUGCACUACCUUCUUGGUAUCAUCAUCUUAAGCGCUCUGCCCGGCCUGGUGUUGUGGCUCUACUACGCCACCCACAAGAGGAAGAGACGCACGCUCUUCUUCCUCACCCUGGCGCUCUAUUCUCUGGCCUACGCGUACUACCUCUUCAUCACUGAGAUUAUACCUCGUGGAGACGUGAGUCAGAAGCAGCUGUGUACCGUGACCACCGGGAUGAUUUUGACUCUUGUCUCUCUGGUUCGGACCAAGAGAAGCCCGGGAUUUGUUAGUGCUACACCACACGAAGAGGACGAUAAGGGAUCAGCACAUCUCACUGGGGCUCUCCUGACAGAGGCAUCGUCCUCUUUCUCAAAACCAAGUGAAAAGUGGAGCAGGUGUCCCGUGUGCAAGAUAACACGACCUCCUCGGGCGGGACAUUGUAGAACAUGUGGGGUUUGUGUUCAACGUCUGGACCACCAUUGUGUCUGGCUAAACAGUUGUGUGGGUCAGGGUAACCACCGCAGCUUCCUGUUGACCCUGUGUGUGUUCCUGCUUACAUCUUUGUAUGGGAUCAGUUUGGUGCUGCACAGCCUGUGUCCUCAACAAUAUCUAGUCAGCGCGCUCCUCUACUGCCCGGGUGUCUACUCUCAGGCCAGCUCGGCGCUCUGCUUCACCUGUGCCUGGUACAGCGUGAUAGUCACAUGUGGGCUGCUGUACCUACUGGUGGCACAGGUCGUGAAUAUCAGCUUCAAUGUGACCGAGCGGGAGGCCCAGCUGGCCCUGAGGAACAAAACGGGCCAAAGUCGUCUUUGGGGGCUUGCCGUCGCUACGGGAACGUAUUCACGAGGCUUCUACCAGAACUGGGUUGAUUUUCUCAUUAUGGCCGACGCCUCCACGUGUCCUCGAUCCGGCCCCCCUGACUUGGUCUAGUUUCACAACUCAACAUUAACGUAGUGAAGCUUGUGUUUUUCCAAACAGGAAACGGUGCUUUUGUUUAGUUGUUUAUGAAUACUGAACAUGGAAACAAAACAUGGAUAUUACAUGCAUCAUGAGUGGAAAAUUAAACUUACGUGUGCAAAAUAAAAAACUCACUUGUGACUGUUUGUGCAGUUUUGUAGUAAAUACAUACUUUUAAUUAUUAAUAUGGUAAUGAAGGUCUGUCCAUUGUGGGUAUGAUAUUUUAUGUGUUCUUUCUCCUUUUCAUAAUGCAUAUGGUGGGUGGAGCAAGUUGUUUAAAUCAAUACAUAGUCUUCAUGUAAUGUUCAAGUCGAUGGACUCAGCGUUUUUCUGGUUUCCCCAUCAAUGCAUCCCCUUUUAUCACCAUGUGAGUAAAUGUGGGCUUCUUGCGUUAAAUUAUUGCAAUGGCUGCAUAAGAAAUUCCAAGUUGGUUUCGUGAACUCAUUCAGAAUAAAACUGAGGCAUUCUUGUUAAAUAA